AUGGAUUCGCGCAGUCCAAUUUGCUCCUUCUAUCUGCGUAACGGAUGCGCUAGAGGACAGCAAUGCCGUUUCUAUCACCCUCCGAAUACAAUUGCCCAUGCGCCCUUAACACUGGCACCAUCGACGUUCUCUACGAAUGCUAACAGGCUCUGUGUCCACUUCGUUCGUGGUGACUGUCGAUUUGGAGAUCGGUGUCGAGACAGGCACGUCGUGCCCGACUCUCCUGCGGCUGAGCUAAAAUCGCCGAUCUUGAUAUCACCUGUUUCUUCCAAAGUUACGCCGACAGACAAGUACAUAGACGAUGCCGCGAUAUGCCUGUAUUUUCGACAAGGAUCGUGUCGAUUCGGCGAUCAAUGUCGUCUCUUGCAUACCCCAGAGGCUCUCAAGACUGCUUCAUUACUCUCCAUCUCUUCUACUGGAUUGCAGCCUUCGAAUGAACAGUCUUGGAGUGCGUCGAAGGCGGGAAAAGUGUCCGUCUUUGGCCCUUGCAAGUUCUUCGUCCAGGGAAGAUGCACACAGGGAGCCGCCUGUCUAUUUCCCCAUGUAGCCCCUGUGCAGCCCGCACCUGUCGAGAUAAAAACCAACAGUACUAGUGGAGCAGCACGAUAUGCACCAAGUGCGACUGCUAUUACUGAGGACGCCGCGGAUGAAAAUCAUUCUCAGGACGACCUCCCGUCAAACUCGCAAAUCGCUCUUACUUUUUCCGAUCCAAGAAAUGUACACUCUACAGGGUCAGGCGAGGAUUCCAUUAUAUCCCGACAGUUCCUUGGCUGCAGCGUUCAGUUCUCCUCGGGCGCGUCCAUCGACAGUGUCAUCACCGCCUUCGAAUCUCCCCGCAUCAUUAUCUCAAACCUGCCGCUCACGAUGACUCAAGCCGAACUCAUAGAGCUGACAGAGCGUCAUGGUGACCUGAAGACCGCGAACCUCACAGAACGUGUCUCAGCUGCGACAGCCACUGCUCUUGUCGAAUAUACAUCGCCAGACCACGCAUCCAUGGCCGUGAAGAAGCUUGAUGGCAAGAAGCUCGGGGCUCUGAAGCUCUCCGUACGUCUCGAUCUGCGCCGUGGGGCCAGUGGUGCAGCAGUUCUCCAAAGCAACAAAGUUAAGCUUACCUGGUUUGCGCCGAGUCGCGUCGCAUGGGCCCACUUCGACUCCAUCUCUGCGGCUAAGGCGGUUGCACAGAGGAUCAAUGGGCAGGAAUACGAUGGUCGGAAGGUAUCCGCCACCUUCCAGACACCGUCUCCCUUCCAGAGGACGUCGUUCGCCGUGGAGUUGAAGGGCCUGCCGGUGCAUGUCACUCAGACCCGCCUGUCCCGUUGGUGCCUCACGGGCUCGCUGAAGAUCGGGCAGCUCAGCUAUGACGAGCAAGCGAGCCUGGAGGAAAUACAGAGCCUGUUGCGAAGACAUGGUGCGCUGGACGCGUUCGACGUGUUACCCAAUUUAACUGCAUCCAGAACCAAGAUCACCGCGUUCGCGCAAUUCGGCACUGCAGAGGCCGCUGCCGACGCCGUGAAUGCGCUUCAUCGCAAAUCUCAAGCCUUCUUGCGAUAUAGUACCAUCUACCUCGAUGUCGUGCAUGCCGUGAAGGGCGUGCUCCCGAAAGCCCAAUAUGUUGUCAUCAAGGAGGACCUCGAACGCCUGUGCGCCACAUUGGAAGGAUGCAAGAUGCGAUUCUACGACCGCGGUGAUGCGGGAGAGCUGCUCGACUCCGUCGGGUACCGCAUAUAUGGAGCAAAUGCAAAGGCUAUUGGUCGUGCCAAAUUACAACUAGAUCGGCUGCUGGAUGGUGAGAUCCUGAUUUCUGAUGUCACCACUGGAGGAGCACUUUGGGACGAGUACUUCCAGUCAAGCGAUGGGAGGACUUUCUUGGAUACGUGCGACGAGGUUGGAAUAUUUGUCAAAACGGACCCGCGCACUCGUGUCGUUCGUUUAUUCGGGCCGUCUAAUGCGAGGUCGCAAGCCAGGGCUCGCAUCUUGGUCCGUCUCGCGAUUAUCAAGGGACAGCGGCACAGCAUACCUCUCGAGCGGGGUAUUCUGCCUGAGGUGAUGAACCGCAUGCAUGCCCUUCAAGAAGCAGCAGGGUCAGCGGAGCUGUCUCUCAACGUUGUCGCGCGCACGUUGGUGGUGCGCGGGGACGAUGUGCACGUAGAACGCGUCCGUCGCGCCGUCGCAUCUUUGUCGUCGUCUAGCGGUGUGCUGUCCGACGACGCAUGCUGUCCCGUCUGCUUUUGCGACGUAUCUGAUCCGAGCGUACUGCCUUGCGGACAUUCCUACUGCAGGUCAUGUCUUCAGCUCCUUCUGCUAUCAUCCGCCGGACCAGAUUUUUCCCUGUCGAGUCUGGUUUGCAUCCAAUCGGUAGACAGAGAUAGUCAGCAGGUCGCAUGUGGCAACGCGAUCCCCACAUCAGUCCUGCGCGACCUCCUCUCUCCACCGGAGGAAACGCGACUGCUCACUGCUGCGUUCCUUGCUCACAUUCACGCGCGGCCAGACGAGUUCCACUACUGUCCGACGCCGGACUGUGAGGUCGUGUACCGCACGGGACGUGCAGGUGCGGUUCUCCAGUGUCCUGUGUGCGUGGCGCGGAUAUGCCCGGCGUGUCACUGCGAGUUCCACGAGGGGAUGAGUUGCGCAGAAUAUCAUGAUAACGUCUCCGGCGGGCACGAGGCAUAUAACAAAUGGCGGCUGGAGAAUGGCAUCAAACCGUGUCCGAAGUGCAAGGCAGACCUGCAGAAGAACGGAGGCUGCAACCAUAUCAAGUGCGUCAGGUGUGGAACGCACAUGUGCUGGGUCUGCAUGGAGACGUUCUCGGAUUCCGGGACUGGAGGCGGGGUGUACGAGCAUAUGCGUCGGGCCCAUGGAGGUAUUGGCGCCUGA